AAAAUCAAAAUCAGGAGGAGGUCGCGGAUCCGCACAUUGCGGAGGCUGUUCCCGAGGGCAAUCAAGAGAAUGCACAAGAUAUUCAUGGUGUUAAUCUUGUGGCGCAGAACAAUAGAGUUGCACGCGAAUUGGCAAGGCUGGGCCACCCCAUUCUUGCUCAAGGUAGUCGUCAGCGUCGUGCUCGGGCAGCUUAUGUAAAUGUACAUCGCUAUCGCAGGCCCAACUUGGGAGCGGAAGGAAGGCGUUGCCGGGCAAACUGUUUGUGUCAGUGCCCGAGUUGUCGGUGUUCAGAAAUUCUUUUGAACCCUCCUCCUUCCUAGUUUGACUAUUGGUGGCUGAUCUUUCACUUUUGACCUUUGAGAAGAGGGGGCGCUGCAAGCUAUAUUUUUUUUUGGCCAAAAUGAAGAUUGAUGACUGAGACCUGAGCUUUCACUAUUAACUCUGUUCUUUUUUUCAAUUUCCCAUUUUGAUGAGAUUCAUCAGUACAUUACUUUAGUUUUCAUCACUUCACCUAUAUUCUCAAGCAAUAUUAUGGGAAUCUAGAAUAAGAAUUGAAAGUUGCACGUAGAGUCAUAUGAAACAACAAUUAUAUGUCAUGGGAAAUUGUUUUCUAUCUAGUUGGAAAAGUAGUUAUAUGAUCUUAUUAUUCAUGAA